GGCUCAUUCCUUUCCUCGCUCUCACCGAAGUUCAAGCUUAGGUCUUGACUUCUCUUUCCUUCGUUUCUUCGUUCUUUCAAUCGCUGGCGUAUCCUCUUCUUCCCUCUUCACAUCCCACUUCACUUUUCCAUUCUAAUCCGUAACUUCUCAACCCCAUUACUGUCGUUCAAUAUGUUUGCGAAGGGUGCUAUUCUUGCCAUCACGUACUUGUCCCUCUUCCUCGUGAGGGCAGCACCGAUACCUCGUGAAGUGCCUCAGGAGCACUCUCACGAGAAGUACCUCACCUUGGUCCGGGCGAGCUUGGCUCUCGACAACCCGCAGAACCUCGGUGACCCCGUCUUCGCCCUCCUCGGCAACGCCGCCGCCCAGCAGGGCCUCGGCGACUCCACCGACCCCGACUGCCUCCAGCAGGCGAUCGCCGACCAGGCGUUCACGAACGCGAAGGCCGCGAACGACGUCGACGGCAUGGUCGGCGCGCUCGUCUACCGCGCGCUCGAGCGCAACUCGGGCAAGGUCGGCGCGGCGAGCAACGCGUGCACGAGCGUGACGGCGGCGAACCCGGAGAUCGCCGCGCUGCAGCAGCACCAGGACCCGGCGAGCGACGGCGCGGCGGACACGAACAAGCAGAUCACGCUCGAGCUCGCGCGGCAGAUUGCUAGUGUGGGCGGCGACCCGCAGCAGGCGCUCGAGUCGGGCACGUUCGCGCCGGGCGAUGUGAACGACCCGACGGCGGCGGGGAAUACGUGCGACGACCAGAACGAUACGGAGGGAUGCAUCUUCACGCAGAACCUCCUUGUGGAGGACGCGACGGCGGAGGAGAUUGAGGCGGCGGUUUCGGGCAGCGGCUCGUCUUCCUCGGCCAGCUCGUCUGGCGUGAGCGGUGGCGCUGCUGCUGUUGCCUCUGGCAGCUCUAGCACGGCCUCCGCGGCCGCUUCGUCCUCCACUGCUUCCUCGAACAGCGGCAGCAUCGGCUGCGGCGGCUCUGCCGACUCAAGCAGCAGCUCCUCGAACAACUCGGGUGGUUCUUCCAACUCCUCGAGCAACAACUCCGGCAACGCCAACAGCAGCGCCGCCUCCGCCACCUCCAGCGCUGCCGCCUCUGCCGCCUCUUCCGCCUCCUCCUCUUCCAGCUCGGAUUCCUCUUCCUCGUCCUCAUCCUCCUCCACCUCCGGCAACCUCCAGACCUUCACCGGCUCCCUCGGCGGCGCCGCCCCCGCUGUCACCCCCGGCGGCCGCGGCUUCCAGGUCGAGGGCAACGACGACUUCCUGAACGCGGCCGCCGCGCUCGGCCGCUCGUGCGACGUGCAGCACAACAAGUGCGCGAACGCGGCCAACUCGGGCGGCGGGUUCUCCGUCGGUGACUGCGACCAGCAGAACACGGAGUGCCGCGCGGCGGCGAGUGCGUGAGGGACUUGUUGGGUUGAGGCGAUUGCAGUGGGCGCGAGGUUGGUUCACUUGACGAUUAUACGGAUAUUUUGGAACUUUUGGAUGUGUUAGUAGGAACUAGUUGGAUAGUACAUAACGCCGGUUUUAUUCUUUU